AUGGGUUCCUUCUGUAUGGAUUGCACCUAUGUCGAUUGGGGAUUUUAUGAAUAUGAUCCAAAACAUGAUUGCGUCCUAAUGACAUCCUUUACUGCGGGAUACAAGUGGAAAAAUGUAUUAUGCAGUACAAUUACGUGGUCACUCUGUGAAAGAGGAAGCUUAAAAUACGGUUCCACUACUCCAUCAGCGGCUGCAGCUGCUUCAGCCCAAGCUAGUGUAAGCAAGCCGAAGAUUUAUUUCUACACUACAGACGCAACUACGAAAAUAUCAGCAAAUUCUGUUUUAGCUAACGAGCAUUAUUCUCUUGCAGCAGAUACAAUCUACAAGCAAAUUCAAUCUUCUACUGCUGGUUUGCGAACAAUAUCUUCUCUUAAUGGUAUUUCUCUUAAUCGAUGUGCCGUCUACUGCAACAUGAUUUUAGCCUGCGAUGAAUUUACUUAUAUGAGUUUUAUGGUUAAUGAUACUUCAGAAAAUGUAUGUACAAUAUUAACAGCAUCUUCUUGA